AUGUCGAACCCCUAUGAUCAGUACGGCCAGCAGCAGUACGGCCAGCAGUACCCCCAGAAUAGCCAGUAUGGUGGUGCGCCUUCGUACGGAUCGCCCGCCCCAAGCCAGCAAGGCUACCCGCCGCCACAGCAGGGUGGCUAUGACCAGGGCUACGGCCAGCAGUACCCGCCACAGCAACAGUAUGGCCAGGAACAGCAGCACCAACAACAGCAAUACGGAGGCUACGGACCUCCCGCACAUGGCGGCUUUCAAAACGGUCAGCAGGGCUACGAUCAUAACCAGCAAUAUAACCAACAAGGGGCUUACGGCCAGCAAUCAUACCCGGGCCAAGCACCUGCGCAACAGUUUCCCCAGCAGGGCGGUUACCCGCAAGAUCAGUACCCCCAGGGCCAGUACGGCCAGCAUGGACAGCAGGGGCAGUACGGACCUACCGAUCCCAACGCACAGGCUGAGGGCGACCGAGGUCUCAUGGGCGCUCUAGGCGGCGGUGCUGCCGGAUACUUCGGUGGUAACAAGAUGGGUGGUCACGGAAUAAUCGGCGCCCUCGCGGGAGCUGUUCUAGGUUCAAAACUCGAAGACAAGCACAAGGACAAGAAACAUCACAACCAGCAAGGCGGCUGGUAG